AUGACAAGCGUCGAGCCGUCCGGUUCUGGGCAGCAGCCUUUCGGAUCGAAAAUUACUGUUUAUGUUAUAGCAUGUUGGAUAUUUGCUGCGUUUGGUGGGCUAAUGUUUGGCUAUGAUAUUGGAAUUUCAGGUGGAGUGACUUCCAUGGAUGACUUCUUGAAAAAGUUCUUUCCAGCUAUAUACGAGAGGAAAUUGCAUGCCAAGGAAAACAAUUAUUGCAAAUAUGAUGAUCAAUUGCUUCAGCUUUUCACAUCUUCUUUAUACCUUGCUGCCCUUGUUGCAAGCUUUGGAGCCUCAAAGACCUGCAACUUGCUUGGUAGGAAACCUACAAUCGGUUUGGCAUCGAUACUCUUCAUUCUUGGAGCUAUAGUAAGUGGAUUAGCUCCAAACAAAGCCCUGUUAAUCAUUGGAAGAAUUCUUUUUGGAAUUGGAGUUGGAUUUGGCAAUGAGUCAGUUCCUCUGUUUUUAUCAGAAGUUGCACCAAUGCAACACCGCGGAGCUGUCAAUAUUCUGUUUCAGCUUUUUGUAACAAUAGGGAUUCUUGUAGCUAAUCUUGUGAAUUAUGCUGUUGCAUCAAUUCAUCCGAAUGGAUGGAGGAUUGCGCUAGGUCUAGCCGGGGUUCCAGCCAUCUUCCUCUUUAUAGGUUCCUUUAUCAUCACUGAGACACCUUCAAGCCUCAUUGAACGAGGAAAAGAGUUUGAAGGGAAAGAAGCACUAAGGAAGAUCCGGGGUGUGGAUGAUGUCGAAUCUGAACUCGAAAUGAUCAAACUGGCAUGUGAGAUAGCAAGGCAAGUCAAGCAUCCUUACAAGAAACUCUUCAAGCGUGCCAGCAUGCCUCCACUGAUCAUCGGUAUCUCAGUGCAAGUUUUUCAGCAGUUCACAGGAAUUAAUGCCAUCAUGUUUUAUGCACCAGUUCUGUUCCAAACGGUCGGAUUUAAGAGUGAUAGUUCGCUGCUGUCUGCUGUUAUCACGGGAAUUGUCAAUGUCUUGAGCACUAUUGUCUCAAUUGUUGCUGUUGAUAGGGUCGGGAGGAGGAAAUUGCUUCUUCAAGCUUGCGUGCAAAUGUUCAUAAGCAUGGUGGCAAUUGGAUCAAUUCUGCUUAUUCAUUUGAAGCCUACUGGUUCACUUGAUAAAGGACUUGCAGCUGUUGUGGUGGUUCUUGUGUGUUUGUUUGUUAUGUCUUUUGCAUGGUCAUGGGGUCCAAUGGGUUGGCUAAUACCGAGCGAAACAUUCCCUUUGGAGACAAGAACUGCAGGAUUUGCAUUUGCCGUUAGCGCCAACAUGCUCUUCACUUUCAUCAUAGCUCAGGCAUUCUUGUCUAUGUUGUGUAACAUGCGCGCAUAUAUUUUCUUCUUUUUCGCUGUAUGGAUAUUGAUCAUGGGACUGUUUGUCGUGUUCCUGCUACCGGAGACAAAGGGCGUCCCGAUUGAUUCCAUGGUUGAGAGGGUCUGGAAAAAGCAUCCAGUUUGGAAGAAAUUUAUGGGUAAAGAAGUAGUCAAGAACUAUGAGAUGACCUAA